AUGACAGAGGUAGUCCUUGGUAAAGGAGGAUGGGGAGAGGUGAAAGUGGCUGGUUUUCGUGGUCUGAAGGUUGCUGCAAAGUGUCUCUACGAAGUCAUCAUCUCUCCUUAUAACAUUGGGACAUUCUCUCGUGAAAUGAAUAUUGCUUCUAAAAUACGUCAUCCUAACCUCCUUCAGUUCAUAGGAGCGACUACAGAGGGUAAUCCAAUCAUCCUGACAGAGCUAAUGCCGACGAGCCUAAGAAAGGAAUUAGAGAGUGGAGGAGUGGCCUAUCCUGCGAUACUGAGCAUCAGUUUAGAUGUAGCCUGUGCUCUCAAUUACCUUCAUCUCUUCAAGCCUCAUCCUAUACUACAUAGAGAUGCAUUUGGUAAGAUCAAGAAAGUUGAGCUAGCCCCAGACACGGCCCCAGGGAAGCACAGGGGGUGGGGCUUCAUUGAUUACGAGAAUCAUAAAAGUGCAGCUGAUGGCAUCUCAUCAAUGAACCUGUUUGAUCUGGGGGGACAGUUCCUGAGGGUGGGACAGGGAAGCCCCUAG